UGUCUCGCCGCUGAGAGGUUCCACAGCACAGAGGCUUCAGGCUGGAGGGUGUCAAACCGCUGGGUCACACAGCAACUCUCUCAGCCGACCGUGCUACCUUUCCUGAGGCAGGGAGCCAGGGGCCCAGGAUGGACUGGACCAGCAAGUAUCCGAACUGCAGCAAGGAGGAGUUUAAAUACUCCGUGUUUGCGCAAGCCUACAGCGCCAUUCUGAUUCUCGGCUUCAUCGGGAACACCGUCGCUCUGUAUGUCUUUGUGAAGUUGACUCGGCGUAAGACGGCGAGCACAGUCUUUAUGAUCAACCUGGCCGUUUCGGAUCUAUUCUUCACCCUAACAUUACCGUAUCGAAUCAUCUACUACGUCCAACGUGAGUGGAGACUUGGCUCGUUCCUCUGCAGGAUCACCACCUAUGCAUUCUAUGUGAACCUCUACUCCAGCAUCUUCUUCCUCACCGCCCUCAGCGUCUUCCGUUACAUCUCCAUCCUGCACCCGAUUUGGGCCCGGAGCAUGGUCACGGUGAGGAGGUCCCUGUGGGUCACCCUCGGGAUCUGGCUCUUCAUCGGCCUGGUGUCUGUCCCCUUCCUCCUCAUUUCCUCCAAGUGUGUGAACGGGACCUGUCGCUGCUUCGAACCGUCCAACGUUUCGUGGUCUCAGAUCCAGCGGAUGAACCACUUUGGGUUUGUGGUGGGCUUCCUGCUGCCCUUCCUCACCAUCCUGGUCUGCUACACUCGCAUCCUGCAGCGCCUGAUGGGCUCAGCUGGUACCGUGCGGGUGAACGCGCGCAGCCGCAGGAAGUCCACCUCCAUGAUCAUCAUCGUGCUGACCUCCUUCCUGUUCUGCUUCCUGCCGUACCACGUCGUACGGACCGUCCACCUCCACACCAUGACGGACGGAGUGUGCCAAGCCACGGUCUGGUUUGUUCAGAGAGCUGUCGUGGUGACCAUCUGCCUGGCCGCUGCCAACAGCUGUCUCAACCCCGUCCUCUACUACUUUGUCGGCGAGAACUUUCAAAGCACCCUCAAAACUUCGACCAUCCUCAGGUCGAGGUCAGCAUCGUCUGGCAGUGUUGUGUUUGUGGAUCACUCGCCAGCCACGGUCCCCCCAAGCUCCAAUGAGCAGGACCGACUAUCAGGCCCACGCCACGUGCAGAAGUGAUGCCAUCUCUUUGUUUACACUUUCAGAUGAAAAGUAACUCCCCUCCUGCCUCCCCCCAAAGCCUGUCCCACCAUCUACAAGGCACAGGUCAGGAGGGGGAGGGAAUACUCCCCACUUGCCCCUGGAUGGGGGCAGCUCCAACAGCACUCAAGAAGCUCGACACCAUCCAGGGACAAAGCAGCCCCACACCCACAAACACCCCCUCCCUCCCUUACCCACCCCCCCUCAGUAACAGCAGUGUGUACCAUC